AUGGGGCCCCCCGGGCAAUAGGGGAUCAUGGAGCCCCUGUGUCCUCGCCCACACCCAAAAAAGCCUAUGAAUAUGUGUGUGCAGCCUAUUGUAUUAGGGUGUGCACCCCAAAGCUCAAACACACAUGCGUAUCUUAUUGAUCUCCCUGCCUGCAGAUUCAGAGUGAAAGAGAAAUGCUUACUCCUCUUCAGGGGCGGACUGACAACUCAUGGGGCCCCCGGGCAAUACGGGAUCAUGGGGCAAUACUGUGUCCUUGCCCAAACUCAAAAAAGCCUAUGAAAAAGGUACCAGGGGCAUCUCAUGGGGCCCCCUACUGACCCCGGGCCCUCGGGCAGUGCCCAAGUUUCCAAAUGGUCAGUCCACCCCUGCUCCUCU